ACAAGUGCAUUAUAGAAAGCGCUGCAUUAGACGUUUCCGUACGUGAAUCAAUAUAUUUUUUUGCGUAUUUUGCCUGUUUUGUGAGGAAUUGUGGAAACCGUGAGAACUUCACCAUUUCGACAAACAAUUACGUUCCGUCAGAAUGCGCCGAUCUCCAUCUGUUACAAUGAGCCCGUCUUCUGCCGAUUUCCGUACACUACGAACCGCGAAAUACGGCCACAUUUUCUUGCCGAGGCUACCUGAGAGACUUCAUGCUGCCUCCUAGUUUUUUUCCUACAUGGCGGGCGUCGACGCGGAACUAGGAGAUCGUCUUUUCUUCAAGGCACUGUUUUUCAAUGGGGGAGCCGUAGGCCUUACUAAUACCCGUCGUGCAAUCGCGACGCCCGCUGCUGACCGGCAGCGUACGGUAAACUGACUGAGACUUCGUCCCCUCACCAUCAAUUCCCUCUCGUUUGCGUCACCAUCUCCGCGCGCCCGACGGUUGGCUUUUUGUUAUCGUCGCAAGAUCCUGGAAACAACAACAGGCCUGCGCGCUCGGAGCGCAGACGUCAGUCGCGCGACCUUGAUUAGGGCGGCAUCGCUCUUCUUUAAAGCCGACGCCGGAGGGCAGCACUUGAUGAACAGUUGUGCUCGGGGCGGCGUAGAUUUUGCGGCGGCGUGGUUCGCUCAAUGUUGUCGCUUGUGCUUGGUGACCAACCGCGCUUCAAAAGUGAACAGUGAAGGUGUGCCCCCCCCCCCCCCCCCCCCCACCUUACGUACUACGUGUGUGUGUGUGUGUGUGUGCCAGCAUGGUCGCGGCUAUUUCGUCGCAAGAACCGGCGAUGAGGCGCACUUCACACCGCCGUCCGCGUUUUGAACCUGGGGCGAUGAUCGUCGUCGGCUGUGUCUGUUCCUAUCCGGUCAUGCUGCGCCAAUCCUCGUACUUCGCCUGACCACGUGACGUGACGGUCGUCAUGCCGUUCAGGUGCUGUGUGCCGGGAUGUCGCGGCAAUUGCAGCGGAGGUCCCAAGGUGUCAAUGUUUUCUUUCCCGAGAGAGGAGGGCCGACGAAGCAGAUGGGUUAAAGCGCUACCGCGUCACGACUAUCCGUUAACCUGCUAUUCAAGGGUCUGUGAGCUUCACUUCCUCGAGUGCUUCAUUGUGAGGAAGUCCGUCUACGACGAUCUCCGUACAGGGAGAAAAAUCGAAGUCAACCUGCCGGCCCCACGUCUACAUCCCAAUGCCGUACCGACCGUCUUCGAAGAUUGCCCAGACGCUCUCUCACUAAACAUGCAAAAACGGCUGAGGGAAGAUUACAGUCAUUCUUUUAUUUUCUGACCGCCCUCCCGCCACGUUUAUCUUUCUGUUUUCGUGUUAAGUUGACGAUCUUUUAUGCUGUAUUCGCGCUCUCUUUUUUUUUUUUUUUUUUUUUUGCGGUAAGAGUAGCAGUCACAUUCGAGAAAUUCCAACGAAGGUGGGACUAGGGCUGGGCGUCGGUUAGCAAAUUUUAGCCAGAUUAAUCGGUACCCGUUAACAGAAUAUAAUAAUCGAUUAAUGUAUCUAUUAAUCGAAUUUCUGGAUUUACGUACAUAAGCGGGAAAAUAUAAUAAAAGCCAGCGAUAUGUCACGAUACAUGCUCUUUAAGGAAAGAAAAUGCUGUGCCAUUUGAAUCGACAGUUGCCUUUAUUAUAUUACUUGAAUGACUACAUAUGCGUAAAUAGACAUUCAAGCAUGUCGAGCUCAGUCCAAGGCUAUCGCAAGUCCAGCUUCCGAGGCAAAGAAGCUUGUUAACGUUAUGUGGUCGUGGAGAGUUCCACGCUCAUGCCAACUUCAGUGAAGACACACUCGCAUGACAUUGAUGUUUCCUCGAUGGGAAUCAGCGUCUUUACAACCGGCGUUAUGUCCGGUGAUUUUGGUCACGUGACCGAGUAAUUGCAAUAAAAAAAUUGGUCAUGAUUAAAGCUUUUAUCGAUUAAUCGGAAGGUUAACUGAUUCAUCGCCCAACUCUAAAGGAGAUAUGUUUAGAAGAUGCGAGCCGAUUAAAUCGGCAUCCAGAGACGGAUGUGUGGCUUGAAAGGAAAGACAGAAUUUAGUGGCCCAAUUACGAGGAACCGUGAGAAUUGCGGACAUUGUAACUAAGCUAAGAGGUGGAAGACUAAGUCAGAGUGUCUUGGCGCGAAGAGGGGAGAAUGGGAGCUGUGUUGGGGAGAUUGUAGUGGUAAUCGACUCGAUGAGGCGAAACAAUUCAACUGUGAAGAAUGAGCAACUGAUAGAGUGAAGAAGAAGAAACAUCAACUAAAGCUCGGCGAUUGUAUAGUAAAUUGUAAAUAGCCAAGAGAAGUUCUGAUAUGUAUUCCUUUUUAUUAAACAGUCUGAAUUUUAUGAAAGUGUACUGAAAAGUUCAUGGUUAAUUAUCCUAUUGAGAGUGGUCAAAGUCAUUUUUUAUUCAUGCAUUUAGUGCGUACCCAAUAUUGUGGUACUUGCACAGGUGAUCGCGCGUGCUCUGUGGAUGAACAAUGUGGCCGUUUUUCGGUGGUGAAACAUGAACGCGCGACAAAAUUAAAAUAAAAUAAAUGCGCCUUUUUCGCGGUGAUCCCGAAGUGGCUAGGCGUCAUGCAUGCGUGCUUCUAGCGCGCACGUAAAUUCGACCCUCGUUACACUGCUUGACUCAAUAGUCGAGCCGGGUGACAUCGUCUUCAAUCGCUAGCACAUAAUUUUUCCCACCCUGACUUCACAAUUUCACAUUCUAAGGGCGCGUUUUACUCAUUCCUCUGUCGGAGCCAGAUCAGCGUUCUUGCAUGUGCUGCUUACGUGAGCGUUGCGCGCUCACACGUUAGUGUUCAGGCUAAGGAGCUGUGUGUAAUAUCACAGCAUGGUACGCUCUCUGGUCCGAGCGGAAGGCAUAGUAAACGUCAAGUCGAAUCAAUAUAAUCCUUCCAUCACAAACGCCUUCAGUUUUCCGUCAGUCACGUGGGAUUCCUCCAUAUGCACGUGUAUGUGUAGUGUAGGCUCCCUCUCGUGCACCAUCGAGGUGGGAUGCGUGUAACGCGGCAUCCGGCGUUCUUCAUCGUACCAGCGUUGUGACACGCCUGGUAUCUGUCAGGACACUAUUCCCGCUUCUUAGCAGCAGUAAGCUAUUGCCAUGCCGCCUCCAGGAAUUGACAGAACACCGGGUACGGCGCUCGAGCGCAACCUUGCUAUCGGUUUGAAUGUAUCGCCCUUCAGGCGAAACUGCCAAUAUUUUUUCAAUCGAAGCUUGUAUACGCUAGCAUGUGCCGGCGAUGUAACGCUAAAAAAAUCGCGUCCCUUCCCCUAGCGGAAAAUGGGGGCAAGCGAAGCUUGUCCUGGGUGCACCUUGUGUUUGACGGUUAUGUUUCUUGUGAGUAACUUGAUCGUGACCGAGGGAAGGUCAGCGGCGGAGUGCCGCAGCUUCAGCGGCUCGCACCGUAGGAUCGACCCGUCCACGACGCGCCCUUUCACGGGCGAUCACCCGUCGGCACUCGGCGAGAGCUGCCUGUUGUUCGCGGGUAUGCACUAUGCGCGGCCGUCCCAUCGGUUUUCAGAGACUGAACAGAACUAAGUGGUUCGUUGUGAGAAAGGGAGAGGGCGAUAUCUUCAGCAGCCCUUGAGGGAGCACGGCUCAGCGCCAGGAACUGAACGGAAACGAAGCGGGCGUAGCGCGCGCGAAACCCUCUCCUCCCCUUUCCCUCCGGGCCCGGCGGAAGCGACACGGCUCUGAUUGGCUGCGCAUGUGGCGUGAGCGCGCGCCUACGCAGCUGGCACCGUGCCUAAUGACUCACGCGCCGACGCCGGCGAGCCAUCGUUCGAGCCGGAGCUUUCUUCUUUCUUCUUUUUUAGCGUUACAUCGCCGGCGCAGGCUAUCGUAUUCAAGCUUCGCUUGAAAAAAAAAAAAUAACAGCUGCUCUCAGAGCUGCGCAGGUGCAGGGAUUGCUAUAAAAAAUAAGCAAUAGACCCAUGCAACGGAGAAUCCUGCUACGCCGCCGCGCUACUGACGCCAUUCUCGCCGCCAAUAGGAGCCGUGUGUCUUGGUAACGUGAGAGGAACGAGUGUUUCUCGCGUCAGAACACUAUCGGAGCUACGAUGGGUCGGCCGCGCGUCGUGCGAUCGGCCGAAGAACAGGCGGCGUUUGAGGAACGCCGCCGGGAACUCACUCGAGAAAGGGCUCGUCGUCGACGUGCCGACCGUGCCGUGAGGGAGCGCGAAGCCGAGGCAUUACGACUACGAAGAGCCGCGGAUCCCGAGAUGAGGGAGCGCCAAGCCAACGCCAAACGUCAACGGAGAGCUGCGGAUCCCGAGAUGAGGGAACGGGAAGCAGAAAGGCGUCGACAACGUCGUCUCGGAGUCUACCCCGAAAAGAAAAACAACGAAUGCCUCGGCAACGCUAGCGUCAACUUUCCCGGUGCGACGGCCAAGUUUCAGCGCGAGUUUCUUGACGGGAACUUAGGGGCCAGCUGCAGCGUGUGCGAUCGGUUGUGUUUUGAUCGCGACGUGGUUCUCGUCAGUGGAAUUAGUUCCAAUGAACAACGACGAAACGUAUUCGAUGUUUUAAAGGAACAUUACCCCAACCGUGACUGCAACGAGUUUAAAAUUUGUGGUACGUGUAAAGACUCGUUAGUUCGAGGACUACUACCGGCAUUUAGCACCGUCAACGGGUGGCCUUCCGAACAUUCUGUAAGCGACGGACCUGAAAAGAAGAGAAUAAAGCAGGAGCCCCAGUACGACGAAGACGUCUCGUGGGACACGAACGACAGCGUCGAUGAUCGCGUGGACGGCGAGUCGCUGAGCAGCAACCAGGCCCAGGUGCAGCAGCAUCGUGCAGAGGCGACGUUGGAGAACACUGCGGAUACCUCGAUGGCGAGCACGUCAGCGUCUCCAACUGGCGGGUCGCAACAGGACGCGUUCCACUUCUUCGGCAUGAUGGUUGCCGACAGGCUACGUCGGCUCCCGAGGGGCCCGGCCCUCAGAGCGCUAAACGCCAUGCACCAGGUGCUGUUCGAGCACGAAGCGGAGGCCGGCUUCUGACUUCAGCGGUGUUGAUGUGCGCGGGUGAUGUGCCGCUGUGCAGUCGGGCUUCGCAGGACCUUUGCUGCACAUGCUUCAUUGAGACUCCAGGUCUCACCAUUUACGUGUCUUCGACUACAUACUCUUCAGUAACUUCGCAAUUUUCUUUCCUCCGGCCCUUCUCACAUCUCGCACUACCUUAGUUGAUCACCACUUCAUGGAAUGUUUAGUUUUACUCUCCCUAGGAAUUCCACUUCCCACCCAUCACGUAUCUGUCCACAACUUCCCACACUCCUCAUAAACUUUCCAACGCCAGUGUACGCACAACUGCUGCCGCACCCCCUCUGCAAGUCUCCAGAGAUUCUCAAAGGGUGCAACUGCGUGCGAAAUGGUUCAGUGGCCAGUGCCUGUCAUCGGACAAAGACGGUAGCGGCAUCGCAAUCACCGACGGCUGUUCCGUGACAGGGAACGCUGGUGGCCCGUUCUAGGAAUGCGCCAUUUUGAUGAGAUGUGAUUGAUUGUUGCAAGGCAGGGACGUGUGCGAGUGGCCGUAGACUCUUGUUCGUUGCAUUGUGUGUGAUUUAGUGUUGGCCAUCGCAGCAGCGUUUUCCAGGUCAUCUUAUAAUCAACUGCUCCAUUUCAGAAGAUUGUUUGCUGAAAGUGUACAGUGAAAGAGCGAGUGUCUUUCGAGUGAUAGCGAACCCAAAAUGCCGCCUCGCCCGGAAUUUAGAACUAGUCAGUUUUUCAUCUGAACUGUCACAUUCGGCACCCUGUCGCCAUUCUGCUCCCACGUGUCGCCUACAGUGAGAGCACCGUUGCACCGUUGCACUAUACACAUUAUGCAUUUAAUAUGCAUAAUGUGUAUACAUAGUAAUGUAUAGUAUAUGUAUGCAUGAUAUUUUGUCAGUGAACGUAUACAGGGUGUUCAUUUUUAAAUUUACGGAAUUUUUAGAAAUCGCCUGUGCCAUGUAGCAUAAUUCGUAUCAUUGAGCUGGGUUAUUCGAUAAGGCGGACAUUGGUAGCACGAUUAAUCGAAACACAUAUUCAACUAAUUAACAAAAAUUCACUAAUUAAUUUAGUUAAUUACUUCACGACGCGUAUUGCAAUUUACGAAUUGUAGUCGAUGAGCUUGUCAGGCGUAUCCACUUGGAAUGAAUUUCUAGAAUGACACCAGUUUGGAGACAUGCGCCAUCAAACUCGCCGCGAAAAUGCACUUUCUUGCCACUUACUUUUAUACCAAAAUGCUGUUUUAUACAUUGAAGCACGAAAGUAAGUGAAAUGCCCAAGCAUUUCGCCCCACACAUUGGGAAAUAAUAUCUCGAAACUGGUGUCAUCCUGGAAAUUCAUUUCAAGUGGAUGCGUCUUGCACGCUCACCGGCUACAAUUCGUAAAUUGCAAUAUGUGUCGUCAAGUAAUUAACUAAGAAGUUCAUUAGUAAUUUUCUGUCAAUUAGUUGAAUAUGUGUUACGAUUUCUAGUGCUACUAAUGUCCGCCUCUUCGAAUAACCCAACUCAACGAUAAGAAUUAUGCUACUUGCCACAGGCGGUUUUUGAAAAUUCCGUGAAGCUUUAUUUUGAACACCCGGUAUAGUAUGUGUGGAAACGCUCACGUUGCGGGGCGUUUGGGCAUUCGCCGCAGCCAGUACAAAUACUUGGAGGCCCCAUACUACGGCACAAAAGCAUUGAACAGGUCGUGACCCUGUUUUGUUACUGCAAUUUGUUUAUUAGAGGCACGGUUUGCGCGUGUUUUGUUAUGAAGAAUCAUUCCCGAAUAAAGCUCUCAGUUAACUGUUUUCUCUUGUACGGCAUGACACUCCAAAAACGCAGCAGUUUUCCCGUGUGAAAGAAGAUAUUGUCUUAACUUUGCGCACUCAGAUUCAAUUGACGCAGUUAAUAUUAGGCAAUGAAUUGCAGUGAAAUGGGUGAUUUAUCCACUAAACGAGUAGAAACAGUACAAAAAAUGGUCAAGAGACGUAACAAGCUGCAUUAGCCUUGGAAACUGAUUGCAUAUUUUUUCCAAUCGUGUUCAAUUUAACUGGGUCGUGCUGGGGUAAAUUGAAGUCGGCCAUCGUAACAGUGACCCCCAGAAACACUCGCGAAAAGGCCAAAACAUUGAACUUGGCAUGACUGACAGGUGCCGUGAGGCAAGAAAACACUGAGCGGUGGGACAGCAAUAAAAAAAAAAAAAAAAAAAAAACCACUAACGUACAAACACGUUAAUGAAUCUCCUAGCGACGAACCCACGUACUGAAAACAGCUGCUUUUAUCGCGUUGCCCUUGAUUAUGUCGGCGUGUGACAACCUUUAGCGAGAGAAAAACAACAGGCCGCUCCGCGAUGCAUGUUCGUGAUUGCUCCUGCAGCUUUACGUACGCUGCAUUAAGUAUACGUCCAACACCAUCACUGCGCAUAUGUGCUUGCAUUACUGCUUAUAACUUGGCCGAAGGUCAAAGUUGACGCCACACGUUACAUGCGUUAACGAUAAUGACGUUGCGUUAGAAUUACGCUCGAAAUAGUGUUUAGUUUGUUACUGUCUUUUGAAAGAAAGACAUUUCAUUUGUUCCGCUGCGAUUGAACGAGACUGCUGCUUUGUA